AUCUCGGGCAAUAGAGUACCUCGUGCGCUGCCAGUGGCAGAGACUUCUUUGACGAGUGUUUUAGACACGGACAGAUAGGAAAAACGACAUCGUUCGUAAUCGAAGUGAUUGUAAAGCCGAUGGUGCGAGGGAUAGGCGAAGGGUAAUGAUAUGUAACGAGUAAAUAGAACGACGUUGAGAAGAGGACAUCGUCGGUGAGGGCAUUGUCAAGACGCUUAAUGUGCGCGGUGCGGGCGCGUGGUACGCUCGAAGCGGCCACAAAUGAAGAAGAGGGAAGCCACGACGAGGGUGGUAGAGAGGGAAGAUGUCGAGUGGCUCGGCCUCGAAGCUCGUGAACGGUGAAAAUAAGAAGGAGAACGUUCAUGAGUACGAGCACGGGAACAGGAAGGAGAACGAAAGCGGCGCUGCUGGCAGCACUGGCUCAUCUAAAGUUGUUCUCGCUGGUGAAACUAGUAACGCUACUUCUAUUGCUGCUGCUGCUGUUGUUGCUGAUACUGGUACUACUGGAUCUAGUGCUACUAGUAACGCCGGUAGUGGUAGUGGCAGUGAUAAUGGUGAUAGUGGUUGUUCCGCUGGUAGUAGUGGGAACGGUGACAGCGGCAGUAAUAGCGGUGUCUGUAUUACCGGCUUGACCGCCGGGGGCGUCAUUGGCAGCGUGGAGUUUGGCGACGUAAACUCUGAUCUCAAGACAGUGGAGAGUCUUGAAACGAUAGAGGAUCAAAGGGACGCGAACGACGGAACGGAGUUUAGCGAAACUGAAUAUCAAGACCUGUACUCAGGCUCGUGCAUCGAGACGCCAAUCGUAAAUCUUACCACCACUACUACCAAUACCACCGAUACUACGGCCACUAUCAUUGAUCACAACGAACAAACGACCACGGCUGUUUCUGCUGCCACUUCUUGUUACGAAGAAGACGAGGAAGAGGACAACGAAGAGGAGGACGACGACAACAUGGUCGCGGCGAUGAACGAACACUUGUCCACCACGUCGGCCACCAGCGGCGUUCGGAGUAGUACGGUCUCUACGACCAGCACCACUGGUAAUUCCGUUAUCAACCAGAACAAUAGUUGUUCCCGCAAUGAAUUCCAAAACGUUGGUGAAAACGGUAAACCGGUCGCCGGAAUACUCAGUUUCCCCUGUGACUUUGAUCACAUGUACGCCAGCAUGACAGACGGUGGAGCUCCGGCGGCUGCUACUGCUACCUCUGCUCUUGGUGUCAGCCCUUUACGAGGUAAUGAACCCCGUCAGAAUGAUUUGACGGAGGUGAAGCACCUCAAAGAACUGUUGCUUCUUCAUCUUGAUUUGAUACAGCAACAAUCCGAGCAAAUCGUCACCAAGGACAAAUUGUUAGCAGCUCUUCGGCAGGAGAACGAAACGCUAAAGUUACGUUUGGAACGUAUGGACAGACGUGUAAACUUACAAAAAUUACGGUCAGAAAGUAAUGAAAAUUCCAUUACAUCAGAGCAUAUUGGGACGUGUUCACCUCCGAGCAUCAAUUCUGUGAAUGUGCCAUCGACCAGCGAAAUUCAUAGAAACAUUCAGUCCGAGAACAAUAAUUCUCAGUAUAAUGAGAGUUUUAAGAUUCGUUUGAACACUAGUGGUGGAAUUACUACCGUGAAACAAGAACUGAACGAUAACCAAGGAAAACUUGAAACCAAGGUAGAAACUGGUAGUGAUAUUCGAUUAGAGUGGGAAGAGAAAAAGAAGAGAAGAUCAGACCCGAUACCAUUAUCUAGCGGAAGCAAAAGAAAAAGAGGAGUCUCGUGUUCGUCUACGAUCAGCAAUGACACGUCAUCUACAGUACAAGAUAAAGUGUUAACUCACGAGACUGGUAGAAAAGGUGAUAGAAAAGGCAAACUAUUGGCAAAGAAAGAAUCUUUCCUCACAACAGAGGAACAUUAUUACACGGCUGUUGGAGAUCCUAAUUAUACGUUAAGUUUGAAGGAACCUAGUCCAGUGGAAAGUGAUACCUCCUUGGAAGUUCCAAAUUGGAGAGUGAAAAUAUAUACAAGCUGUUACACGAUGGAAGGGACUGAAAAUUUAGACGAUGAAAUUUUUAACAAGAGGCAUUUAAAACUGGAGAACGACGAGAGGAGGAGAAAAAGAUGGGAUGUACAAAGGAUAAGAGAGCAGAGGCACAUCGAAAAAUUAAAACAGAGACAAGAACGUCAGAAUCAUCAAGCAACGUGUUACAAUACAAAUCAUACAGGACCUUGCCCAUCUGCGGUGGAAGAAGAAUCUGUAUCGUCGUUAUGGCCUGAUAUAGAACAAAUACAAAGUCUUCAAGUGGAUCCCCAAUUACCUAUUACUGCAUUUGGUGCUCCUAUUCCUAGUUUCUCUCCAAGCGAAUUUUCUUUACCUUGGUCAAACAUGCCACGAUCAAAUAGUCGGCGUCCAAAACGAUCGACAGGUAGAAGAAAAUCCACUAGGAGAUAGACGCUUUUACGACGACAGACAGGACCUUUGUCUUAUCAUUUUUAAUCUUUGUUGUAGACUUGCUCCCUUAUACUUCUGUUUAAUUUCUCUCUCUCUUUUUUAAAACCAUAUAUUUUUUACUAUGUGAAUAGGGGCACCAAAGAUAUUUUUAUUACAUUUUUAAAAAUAUAAUCCAGGAAAGAUGACUGUAACUAAGAGAAGUACCUACUACUUUUUUAUUUUCUAUCUAUUCGUCUGUAGAAUGUACAUUCGAUAUAAAUCGAUAUAAAUUGUCGGUUCGUUAAAAUCGGCAAAUGUCAUUUUAUUCGUACAACUGUGUGUAUUGUCGCAAUUUGAUAAAAACGUUAUUGAUUUCUUUGAUUUUAAUGAAUUAUUUAUUAUUUAUAUCUGUGAAAUCUCAAUCGGGGUUGUACAAACUAUAAUAAUCAAGUUAAAUGGUUCAGAUUGAAUUUAUUUUUUCUCCAAAUGUAUAAAAUCUGAAUUUAAUCGAACAUAAAUAAAAUAUGCUACAGGUACGCGUCUAAAAAAGAUCUGUUGCAAAAUCUAUAUUGCGUGCAAGCGAACAAUACAAUCUAUCUUAAAUUCUUCGUAGCCCCUUUUCUUUAGUCUCGAAUCGAUACUGAGGAAAAAAAUAUUCGUACCUAUGGAAUGGUUCCAUAAAUAUUUCCAAAAAGUACCAGUGGUACAAAUGUAUUUAUUGUAUUACAAAAGUGUAUUUAUCGUUAAGGAUUAGAAUACUCUUGAAUGGUGAAAAUAUGUAGUUUAUAAUGUAAAUCUUGGAGAGUUGAAAACCAUAUUGGAUCAAAUUCUGUUAAUUUCAUUUUAAUAUUAACUGAUUUUAGGAUAAAAUUCGAUGUUUGAAUAAUAUGAAUUCGUAUGAAAUUUCUGUCUCGAGGAAUACGCUAGACACAAAAGUAAAUUGUUAAUUCGAUCCAUUACGGUUUUCAACUGUCUGUAAUGUUUCCAUCACAAUUUAUUCUGAUAAGUAUCUGAUGCGUCCAUCCGGUAAAUUAUCUCAGCUAUGUUGUACCCUCUGUGGACCAUUUUUGUAGUGUAAUAAAUGUAAAAUACGUAUUAUCUAUGAAAGGUUUAUAAACAUUCAUAGACAUAACUAUCGUCUUCCUAAAAUGCUAAAGAUACAUUGAAAGAACUUGUUACAGAUAUAUCUUGAAAUUACAAAAAACGCUAUAUUCAUGUUCUAAAUUUACAGAUUACCAUAUAAAGAUUACAACAAAAUUUUUGUAUUUGUUUGAAUGGUGUAACGGAUGCAAGCAAAAGUUUCAUUAUAAAAUAAAAAAUGUAACAUUAAUUGAUCUAAUUAACAAGCUAUAUUUAUAAUGGUAUUUUAGAUUGCGGUAAUUUGAAAUUUGAAACAUGUAUUUUUUUUUAACUUGAAUUGCGAUUAGUAUUAUGUUCAGAAUGCAAGUUCAUCGGAAUGCUGUUUAAUAAAUUUGGCAAAUACAGUUGUUCGAAUGCGAUAAAGAUAAGUAUUACAGUUAAGGGAACACAUAGCUCGAUAAAUAAGUAACGAGUAACAUAAACGAUAUAACUUGCAUAUAUUGGCCAUGUUGACAUCAUAAAUCAAUUAUAUAGAAAAUUAUAUAUAAUUUGUAAUUUUUAUUGUUUUAUAUUAAAUAUAAAAGGAAAAGGGGUUACGACGUCUAGUUACGAAAAUGUGGCAGAUUGAAAUUGAUUAAAUUUUUGUAAUUCCUUUUUAUUGGACAUUAACACCAUUUAUGACAGUAAAUAUCAUCGAACGAUUAUUUCAUUGAAGAUUCGUAU